AUGGUGAUGAUGGUGCCGGUGCGGGCCGAGGACCCGGCUUUCCAUCCGGUGGCCGGACACUGGCGAGGCUGGACGGGACGGCACGACGACGCCAUGCGGGAGAAUUACGGCGCUGCGAUGGCUCCGGGUGCACCGCUCGGCAAACCGGAGAUGGCCCCCCACCAAGGGGGUCCCUUGCCAGGCAAGGGGCAGGGGGCAGCGGAGACCCGGCACACCCCUGAUGCAGAUUCGGGCCCUCCGGGAUUCGAACCGGCCGUCAAGAGGGACCAGCGGUUCCAGGAGGCGGCAGAGAGGCCCGUUGGGCCCGAAGACCCAAAGGACCCAAGCAAGAGCUGCCCAGGAGACUGGCUGAUCCGGACGGUGAAGGUGGAAGCCGAUGACUACGCGGAGUGGCCGGCCGGGCUGACCACGGAGGCGAUGCUGUCAGGACUGCCCCUGGCCAGCGCCUGCAAGUCGGAAGGCCGCAUCCCCGGAUCGGAGUACAAGGACGGAGCCGGGCUGGGAGAACUUUCCGGGCUGGCCCUGCAACAGUGGCAAAUGUUGAGCGAGGAUAAGUCGCUGGGCUGCCCCCGCUGCGAGCAUCCCGCCGCCCCGCUCGGCGGCAGCCUCGGGGACCCCCGCCCGCGCCCCUUCGCCUGCCUGCAGUGCGGCAAGGCCUUUGGCAAGAAGGCCCACCUGACGCGCCACGCCCGGGUCCACACCGGCGAGCGCCCCUUCGCCUGCACCCACUGCGGCCGGCGUUUCUCCCAAAAGAUCCACCUGGGUUCCCACGAGCGGGUGCACACCGGCGAGCGCCCCUUCCCGUGCGACCGGUGCCCCAAGAGCUUCCGCAAGAAGACCCACCUGGUGCGCCACCAACUCACCCACACCGGCGAGCGGCCCCACGCCUGUGCGCUCUGCCCCCGCAGCUUCGUUCACCGCCGACACCUGCUGCGCCACCAGCGGCUGCACGAAGAGGAGGCGGCCCGCGUCGGAGACCUGGCGGCGUUGGGCCAAGCCGCCCCUUCGUGCGGGAACAGCCUCGAGCUCGGCCUCGCGGGGAACGUACCCCUGUCUGGAGACACCCUGGCCGCCUCCGCUGUGGUGGGACAGAGCUGUAGGGUUCAGGGCGACCACGCACAAGUCAGCUUCCCGUACGGGCCUGGGAUGGAGCUGGGAAAAUUCCCCCCCUCUUGUGCAGGGCACACGGAGCCCAGUCAGGCCCCCCUCCUCUUUAAGGCAGAGUCUGAACCGGAGUUGGGUGGGAUCCCGGGCGCCGAGAGGGAGGACCGGCCCAUGGGAGAAGCCUUUCUGGACCCAGCAGGUUGUAGAGCCCUCUGCGGGGUGCCGAUCCCGGACGGUCCCCCGUAUCUGGAGCAGGUGGGCAAGAUCGAAUCCGAGGAGGACCCGGGGGCCAGUCAGCAACCAGAAGAGAAGCCGUUCCUGUGUUCCGAUUGCGGGAAAGCCUUCGCCUGGCGGAAGAACCUGGCAUCCCACCAGCGGCUGCACGCCGAGGGGGGACGCCCCUUCUCCUGCGCCGAAUGCGGCCGGGGUUUCAGCGACAAGCGUCAUCUGACGGCCCAUCUGCGUGGUCACAUGGGCCUGCUGCCCUACGCCUGCCCCCACUGCGAGCGCAGCUUUGCGCACCGGGCCGGGCUGGCCGCCCACCAGUGCGGGGGCCACACGGGGCAGCGCCCCUUCCCCUGCAACGAGUGUGGCCGCUGCUUCGCCCACAAACGCCACCUGCAGAGACACUGGCGCAACCAGCACUCGGCCGAGCGCCCCUUCGCCUGCGCCCAAUGCGGGCGCGCCUUCAGCACCCGAGCCAGCCUGCUGGCGCACGUCAAAUCCCACGCCGGGCAGCGCCCCUUUGCCUGCCCUCUGUGCGGGCGCGCCUUCAGCCGCAAGUCACACCUGGCCCGCCACGAGGCCGUACACACGGGGCUGCGCCCCCACGCCUGCACCCAGUGUCCCCGGCGUUUCAGCUCCAAGACCAACCUGGUGCGGCACCAGGCGGUUCACACCGGUCUGCGCCCGUACAUCUGCACCCACUGCGCCCGCAGCUUCAGCCGCAAGACCCAUCUCUUGCGCCACGAGCGCACCCACACCAGCGCACCCUUGCCCACCGCCGCCGCUUGGGUGACCGCCUUGCCGCAGAAUUCCCUGCUGCAGCCGAUCGAGCAGCGCCCGCCUCUCCUGUUACCCAUGGCUCUGGAGUCUCCCUGGCAGUGAGGAACCCCCGCCCCAAAAUCCUCCCCGCUUUAUGCCGUCAUCAACGUAGCUUGAGGUGUCCUUUGUCCUUCCGAGCGGCUGUUGAUCCAC